UAGUUAAUUGUUCUCAUUGUUAGGAAGUUUCUCCUUCAUUCCAAGUUGCUUCUCUCCUUUGAUUCUCCCAGUUCACUUUCACUUUGUCUGCAACGGCACGUGGAUGUUACCCCACACCUACACUCUGAAGGGGUUGCGGAUGGUUGCAAACAGUUGUGUAGGGGAAGGCGAGAGACAUCCAAACGGCAAAAUGGAGCCGCUGGAGGAGAGACUGGCCCACGAAGGGUGGAGACAUCAACAUUUUCACAACGUGGCAGACAGAGGCUACAAGAGGCAGGAGACAGCAGCCCAUUCGGGGAGAGAAAUUGGAAGAGCUUUGGAGGAGGAUCCAACCCGAUGCAGAGAAAAGUGGAAGCAGCUGCGGGACAAAUUUGCCAGGCUGAAAAAAAGAAUGAAAACAAAGAGCAGGGAUCCAGGACCGCCGGCCCACUCUUUAAUGCUGUCCUGGCUGGAAGGAUUUGUAAAACUCUGGGAAACCCAAGUGAAUGUCAACGGUGCUGCAACGGAGCCUGAGGAUGCCACGCCAGGGCCUCUAGAGAAAGACUCCUUGGAUUCAACCUUGAAUAUGGAGGACAUCUCAUUCACAUCACACCUCGCAUCCAAGCAUUCGGGUGUCUUCUCACUGCACAGUAGCGACGAUGAUGAGGAUGAAGCACCAGUCUCCCAGUCGAGAAAAAGGAGGAAGAAGAUGGGAAAGGAUGAGAUACUGGAUGCUUUGGUCACUCUACGCCGGGAGCAACUUCAGACUACGAUGAUGACACUGUUGAAUCCCGAUAACGGCCGUCGUAACGAUGAAUACACAACUUUUGCUCUGGCUGUUGCGGAUUCUUUGCGGAAACUUCCGCCCGAACAUGUGGAAGCCACAAAAUCCCAGCUCUUCAUUGUGCUUGCUGAUGCACAUUCCCAAGUGACAAAACCCAGCGGAACUGGGGGUACAGAUCCCACGGAACUUCUUCAGACAACUGUGGAACUGGGGAGUUUUUCCACUGACCCAGGAAUGACUGCUAGGCCGCUCAGCCAGCAAAGCUUUUCUAUCUCAGUCCAGGAGCUCCAGCCAGAAAUAAAUGCUGAGGACCAGGAGGCAGAAGCAGCUGACAAACCUGAGCAGAAAGCGGAAGACGGAGAAGGAAAUAGCCACCCCCUUUCCCAGCACCCCACUGAAAGCGAGCUAAGGACUUCGUGCAGUUUGGGGCAGAGUUCAGCCACUGAGCCUGAGCAGGAGUGCCGGUAUUCCUUGGAAACAGUGGCGUUUUCUCCUCCACCCUUGGAAUUUAGAGAAUCCCCAAAUUGUUUGGAAGCCGAAGCUGAGGAAGAGAAAAUGCUGGAGACCCAGAUCAGCUUCAGCGGGGAAAUGUCCCCCAGCUUCGCUGACCCCGUGAAAGAAAACCGGGAGCUCGGACUUGAAGAGGAGAGCCUGAACGGGGAGACCCAAGGCAGCCAGGAUGAAAAAGUAAGAAGACCUCUGGCAGACAUCAAUUCCUCCACGCCAAUACAGGAACCAUUGGGCGGAGUGAAGAUCCAACAUGGGAAGGAGACCACCCAAGAAGGUGACUUCCUGGGAAAGGGGCCAGGUUCAGGAUCAGAAAACUCAACGCUGGAAUCUAAGGAUGGUUUUCAGCUAGAAAAACCGAAGGAGAUAAACCCCGAUGGGAAAUUAUUGGAAAGAGCCCUGGGGACACUCAUCCAAGGCCCCAACGGUCAGGAGAGUCUCGAAAUUGAGCAGGACAUGGUCAGCUUACCGGAGGUAAAGUCUGACUUAGCCUUGUUUUGUGACGAGGUCUCUGCAAACGGACCCGCGAAAACCCUCCAAGGAAGAGAGGCCAGUUUUGAUCUCUCUGGAAAUCUCCAGCCAAGAGCCGAUCCUUCGGAGAGUCAAAAUGCGCCGAUGGAAAAUGAACGGAUCUAUAAAUGCUCCUAUUGUGGGAAGUGCUUCGAGGAGAGCGACUCAUUGGUGACCCACGAGAGAGCUCACAUAGCAGAGAAGAUUUACAGGUGCUCCCAGUGCGAGAAACACUUCUCUCACCGGCUCGACCUUCUGACCCACCAAAGAAACCACCAGCGGGAGAAGCCGCACCAGUGCGAACGGGACUGCGCCAAAUGCCACAGGCAGAGGACUUGCCCAAGGGCAACCCACCGAGCGCGGCCUGGAGAGCAAGCUUGCCAGUGCCCAGUUUGCGGGGAACGUUUCACCUGGAAAUCCAACCUUAUCAGACACCGGAGAAUCCACACGGGAGAGAAACCCUAUCGUUGCGCUGAGUGUGGGAAAAGCUACACCCGUAAGAAUGCACUUGACAGACAUAAAAGGAUCCACGUGGGAGAGAAAGCUCAUGAAGUCGGUGCUCCGAGCAUGGGGCAAGCAUCAGUGUUGGUUCUGUUAGGUAAGCUCCCCGUUAGGAGAACGAGUGCGUGCAGAGAAGCGUAGUGAGAGUUGUGUGGAAGAAACGCAUAAACCAGCAUAUGGAGACACUGAAUUGUAAAACAGAUAGUAUUUUACUGCUGUGGAAAUAGAGGUAUGCAGAGUCCAAUUCAUAUACGAUUAAGACAGUCAGACAUCAACGUUCGCAGUUAAGGUGUGAUCCAUCAAACACAGUCCAGUAUCAUAUAAUCAGUUCAGCACAC